GAAGAAACAAACGGAGCAUUCGGAAACCAUCGAUUGAUCUCUGCUUGCUCUCCCCCUUCAAUGCGUCCAAUCUUCAACCAUGAAGCUUCAGGCUUUGCUUUCGCUCUGCUUCCUUGGUGCAGUCACCGCCGUUCAGUCAGCUAAAGUGGAUGUGUACGACGUUCUCCGGAACCUAACGAGCGAUCCCCUAGGAUUUAUACAUCUGGGUGACGAUGGGGUCGCGCGCUCUUUCAGCCCAAAUGGCACAGUGAUUGACGCCGUAGGGCUAGACACUGAGCUGCUCAUGAAAGCUGCUCAGGACUAUAAAGAUCCAAGCAAGCGGAAACACUUGACAGAUCUUUGGACGGGCGUUGACGGCACCAAUGUCACUCAUCGUGAUCGCUAUUCACCCCGCAAGGAUUUGCUUCCUACCCUCCUUACGGAUAGCAGGUUGGGAAAGGAACUUAGGGAAAAAGACGAGGAACAGAGGGCCAAGUAUGGGCAGUCGCCGAAUAAAAGGGGCGGUGUUCUCGAUCCCAAUGUCAAUUGCUUUGACAUAGUCUGUUACACUCAAUUAACCUGCGUGUGGUUACAAUGCCGCGACUGUGUAGUUUAUGACCAAUUCCGGGGCACCAAUUGCAUAUAAAAGCGAGGGGUUUUGGAAGAGCA